UCUGAGGUGUCCUUGAGGUGGAACGAGAAUUUUCUUGCUAGAUGUUGACACCUUGAUAGUUAUACAAUUACAGCCUUCAUUUUCGAACCUGACAGAUACUGGCCUAUCUAGCUGAGACUUUAGAAUAGCAUGAUUUUUUCUGCUGUCGAUGUGAUGGCCAGGGAUGACCAACCUUUGCAAGUAUUUUUCACAUUCUUUUUUCUUCUACAAGUUUGUCAAGGCCGAGAACUUCAUUGUAAUACUGACAAUUGUGGCGAUGAAGCAAACAAAUAUGAUGAACGCUCCACAUCGCAAACUCUUAUAGAGGAGAGCCUGUUCAUGAUUUCUCCACAAGAUUUUUACUAUAAUUUUGUGGUGAAACAUAUGCCGUUCGUGAUGAGGAAGGUAGCUAGGAACUGGCCAGCGUAUACGGUGUGGACAGAAAACUACCUGAUCAAUUCCUUAAAUGAAGACUUCCAAGUAUCAGUUAUAAGUGGAAUUCAGAAUUUCCCAUGGGGUAGUAAAAGUAACAUACCAGUCAAAGAAUUCUUCUCACGAUAUUCACAAGAAGAUCUGACACUUUAUGAUGAACCAACAGUUAACAUGCUUAAUGACAUCAAAGUUCCCCUUUGUGUUCAAUGUCGUCAAUUCAUGGGGAAAAUGGGAGUCAAGCUUUGGUUACACCACCGCCAGGAGAAAGUGUCAACAGCUUUGUUUUUUCAUUCAGAUGAACAGCUGCUCAGUGUUCUGAAUGGAAGUGCUACAAUAAUUUUAAUUUCACCUCUUCACUCGGAAAAAGUUCCUUUUGAUGGAGACAAAUUGUUGGCAAUUUCCAGGUUUGAUACAGAUAUUCUAUCAUCUAGAGGCAUUCCACACUUGACUGUUGACCUUGAUGAGGGCGACUUGCUAUACAUACCACAAAUGUGGUGGCAACAUGUAACAUUUUCAGCAGAGUAUAACCUAUUUGUACAGUUUCUAUGGCCAUCAAGAACUUCCAAAAAUUCUGCAAAACUACGAUCUUCUUCUCUAAUAAGAGGUGAUAACCUGCCAAGUAUGCCAGCAUCAUUUAGAAGUUUACUCAGAAAGUAUGAAGAGAAGUUCUUGAUGAUGGAUGUGCAACCACUGGAUUGUUCAGACCAAGACAAGAGGAUGAGUGAAUAUACAUUUGAAACAGGAAAAAUGUCACCAGAAAAAUAUGAAAUUAUUCAUAAUGGCCCUGACUUUACUGAGGAGGAAGCCUGCAACUUUGAUAUGAAUAACCUACAAAGCCCCUGCCAUUUUGCAUCCUGUUUUAAAGAUCCAGAAUCACCAAUUUGUAUUCGUUACAUUCUAGACUAUUGCGGGCACUGGCAAGAUCGAGGCUGUGCCAUAGAACUACCUCAACUGUUAAACAAGGUGGACAAGAAUUUAAUGACGCAGAUUAUGUCCUUGAAAUCCUCCUACAAAUAGACUAUUUAAUUGACCAUGAUAACAAAAAUUUUAGUGAUAAUGUCAGGUAACAGAAGAGGCACAUAUACCUCACUUGUUAGUCUGCUGAAUUUCACCAGCUACUGCCAAGCUGAAAACCAUGUAGAUCUAUCCAAUGUGAAACUUGAAACCCUUUAAAGCCUUUUCUUCCUGCAAAAUUCACUUUCUUCAAAAUUUAAGAAACCUCAUUUCUGUACUCAUAACGGAAAAUUUCAUGUACCCAGGGUUCGACACUAACUUUUUAACUUACAAGCCAAGUGGCUAGUGACAUCUUAGAUGUUACGACAAUUUGUGACAGUU